AUGACGUGUGUUUCUUCUCCAUAAAAUCAUUAAUUUCUCCAAUCUCCAUAGACGAGACAGCACGUCCAAAGGAAAUGGGCAUUUGCAACUCGUGCGAGUCGACAUCAGCUGUCACCGCAAAGCUGAUCCUCCAAGACGGCAGGCUCCAGGAAUUCCCGGACCCAGUUAAGGUGUCACAUGUACUAGAGAGGAACCCGGAUUGUUUCAUCUGCAGUUCGGACGACAUGGACUUUGACAGCAUCCUUUGCGCCAUUGCUGAGGAAGAUCAGCUUCAGCUAGGCGAGCUCUACUUUGCUUUGCCUUUGAGCUGGUUAAACAGCCCUCUCCGCACCGAGGAGAUGGGUGCCUUGGCUAUCAAGGCAGGUAAAGCUCUGAAGUUGGGCAUUCGGAAGAAGUUUUGCGGGUGUGGGAUUAAAAAGGUUGAUCCUCUCUUGCUUCCUAACAAGAGGGUUGCAAAGUCUAGUUGCAUGGAGACUAAUGGUGGCAGCGACGGUAGCGCCGGUGUAGCUGCUGCUGGUGGAGUGAGGAGGAAUACAAGAGGUGCCGGAAGGGGAUCAGGGAGUAGUGUUACAGCAAAGUUGACGGUUAUUUUGGAAGAGCAAGUUGAUUGAAUCGGAUUGGUUCUUUGUGCGAAUGUCUCAGGUAGCUUGUAAUAUGUUCCAAUAUUUCUCUUCAAUUGCUUUAUAAAAUUGUUUGAUUGUUUGUAGCCAAGAACAUUUGUGAAAAGAGAAGAAGAAAUUUCUCAAAUUUCUUUUCUCCAAUCUCAUUUGUUCAUUCCCAUGCUCUGAUAUAGACGUUAAAAUGUAUGAAUCUUCAAAGGA